GGCAGUGCGCUGUGCGAUCUGACAGCGGCUCCGCGUCUCUCCAAAGAAAAGCUCCGCUCUUCACUUUUUUUUUCCUCCGCCUAUCGCACCCUCCCUCCCUCAUUAUCUCCACCGACGGCUCGGAGGACGGUGCGACGCAGUUCAUUUGGGGCCUGGGUCUGGAAUAAGAAAGCAUUGCUGUUUCUGACUAGAGAGAAGAAAGAUUGACUCCUCUGGAUUUCCAAAGAGAUGUGAUCCAUACGCCUUGAUGUGACCAACAGACCACAAGGGGAAUCCCGAGGAGCCUCAUUCUCUCCUUCCUCCAGUCUGAAGCGGCCUUGCUGUCAGCUUUCUUAUCCCGGUGGGAGCCCGAGCCGGCCGACCUGGACCUGUGUGAUGUGUUCAUGUGACAACAUGCUGGCACCUGCCUGAGCCACAGUGUGCAGCCUCAUCUCUGGUUCUCUCCCCUGAGACGACUACAGCAGGAUGAGCAUUGGAGGAAGGUCUCAGAGGACAGAAUGUUCCACUGAUUUUCACACCUUCAACCUCAAACUCUCACAACAUUGGGACAGUUACUGGGGUUUGUAAAGGCUGUGAAUAUCCUGCAUCUGAGACCAGGCUGACUCACGGCGGACUGUGAGCCAGUGCCUCCGAGGCUGCUGAGGGAUGCCGGUGCCAAGCUGUCACAUGAUGCACACGGCCAGGCCUGCGCUGUUGCUUCUGUGUUUCCUGCUCCUCGCUGACGCCGAAUCUCCCCCCAAAUUUCUAAGGACUCCCAAUGACCAAACGGGAGUGCAAGGAGGGGUGGCCUCGUUCAUCUGCCAAGCCACCGGGGACCCUAGGCCCAAGAUAGUGUGGAACAAGAAGGGGAAGAAAGUCAGCAACCAACGAUUUGAGGUAGUGAUAGAAUUCGAUGACGGAUCUGGGUCUGUUCUGAGAAUUCAGCCGCUCCGCACCCCACGGGACGAAGCCAUUUAUGAGUGUGUCGCCACCAACAGUGUUGGGGAGACCAGCGCUUCCACGAGACUCACUGUUUUACGUGAGGACCAGCUACCCCCGGGGUUCCCCACCAUCGACAUGGGCCCCCAGCUGAAGGUGGUGGAGCGGACGCGCACGGCUACCAUGCUGUGCGCCGCCAGCGGAAACCCCGACCCCGAUAUCUCCUGGUUCAAGGACUUCCUGCCCGUCAAUACCACCAACAACAACGGGCGCAUCAAGCAGCUGCGCUCAGAAUCCUUUGGUGGUACGCCAAUAAGAGGUGCCCUCCAGAUCGAGCAGAGCGAAGAGUCCGACCAGGGGAAGUACGAGUGCGUGGCCACCAAUAGUGAUGGCACCCGCUAUUCUGCUCCGGCCAACCUAUAUGUCAGAGAGCUGCGAGAAGUUCGGCGAGUUCCCCCGAGGUUCUCCAUCCCUCCGACAGACAAUGAGAUCAUGCCAGGAGGCAGCGUGAACAUCACCUGUGUGGCCGUGGGUUCCCCUAUGCCCUAUGUCAAAUGGAUGCUGGGCGCUGAGGACCUGACCCCGGAGGACGACAUGCCGAUCGGACGCAACGUUCUGGAGCUGACAGACGUCCGUCAGUCCGCUAACUACACCUGCGUGGCCAUGUCUACCCUGGGAGUCAUUGAGGCUGUGGCUCAGAUCACCGUCAAAGCCUUGCCGAAGCCCCCGGGAAUGCCCGUGGUGACAGAGCGGACGGCCACCAGCAUUACCUUGACGUGGGAUUCCGGAAACCCCGAGCCUGUGUCCUACUACAUCAUCCAGCACCGCUCCAAGCUGUCCGAGGACACGUACAAGGAGAUCGACGGUGUGGCCACCACCCGCUACAGCGUGGGAGGCCUCAGCCCCUACUCGGACUAUGAGUUCCGCGUGGUGGCGGUGAACAAUAUCGGGCGUGGCCCGCCUAGCGAGCCAAUCGAGGCCCGGACGGCGGAGCAGGCGCCCAGCACGGCACCCAGGCAGGUUCGAGGCCGAAUGCUGAGCAGCACCACGGCCAUCAUCCACUGGGACGAGCCGGAGGAGGCCAAUGGACAGAUAAUGGGGUACCGGGUCUACUAUACCACAGAGCCUACUCUGCACGUCAACUACUGGGAGAAGCAGAUGGUGCGCGGAGCAAACUUCCUCACCGUCCAGGGGCUUACCCCCAACAAGACGUACUACAUCAGGGUGCUGGCCUUUACCUCUGUAGGAGAUGGACCUUUAUCUCCAGACCUGCAGAUUGUGGCUAAAACCGGGGUUCCAUCUCAGCCUACUGACUUCAAAGCGGAAGCCAAAUCCGAAACUAGUAUCCUGUUGUCAUGGAUACCGCCAACACAGAAUGGUCAAGACAAUCAAAUUAUUGGAUAUGAACUUAUUUACAAGAAAGGAGAUGAUAAAGAGGAGAAACGCAUCAGCUUUGAGCCCACCAUCACCUAUCUGCUUAAGGACCUGAAGCCUUUCUCCACGUACACCUUCCUGCUUGCUGCUCGCAGUAAGCUAGGCAUAGGCGCAUACACCAAUGAGAUCUCUGCCGAGACUCCCCAAACACUGCCCUCAGCACCUCCCCAAGAUGUUAAAUGCUCUAGCCCCAGUUCCACCAGCAUCCUGGUAAGUUGGAGACCGCCACCAGUGGCGUUACAGAACGGAAUUAUAACCAAGUACUCCAUCAAGUACGCCGCCGUGGAAGGAGAGGACACAUCCACCCGCCAAAUCUCGGACGUGCCUCCCGAAAGCUCUCAGUAUCUCUUGGAGAACUUGGAAAAAUGGACUGAGUACCGCGUGACCGUGAGUGCCCACACGGACGUCGGCCCAGGCCCUGAAAGUUUACCGCAGCUCACCCGCACCGACGAGGAUGUUCCCAGUGGUCCCCCUCGCAAAGUCGAGGUGGAGGCCGUCAACUCCUCGUCCAUUAAAGUGGUCUGGCGUUCGCCGGUGCCCAACAGGCAACACGGCCAGAUCCGAGGCUACCAAGUCCAUUACGUCAAGAUGUUAAACGCAGAACCCAUUGGACAGCCGCUCAUCAAGGACAUCCUGAUCGACGACGCUCAGUGGGAGUAUGAUGAUCCAGUUGAACAUGAGAUGGUCCUUACGGACCUACAGGCUGAAACAACAUACUCUGUUGCCGUGGCGGCGUACACCACGAAAGGAGACGGCGCACGCAGCAAGCCGAAGUUGGUGUCCACGACCGGCGCUGUUCCAGAGAAGCCGAAGCUCAUGGUGAGCCCAACCAACAUGGGCACGGCCCUCCUCCAGUGGCACCCACCGACGCUGACGCAUGGCCCCCUGCAGGGCUACCGGCUGCGCUUCGGCCGCAAGGACGUCGAGCCGCUCACGGUCAUCGAGUUCCCCGAGAGGGAGAACCACUACACUACCAGGGAGAUCCACAAAGGCGCGUCUUACACCUUCCGCCUGUCUGCCCGCAACAAAGUUGGCUUCGGCGAAGAGACGGUGAAGGAGAUCUCCACACCGGAGGACCUGCCCAACGGGUACCCUCGGGGCAUCAGGACUGAAAGCACCACAGCCACCACCAUCCAGGUUAGCUGGGUGCCACUGGAGCUCAGCGAGAGAAAUGGCAACAUCGUCAAGUACGCCCUGCAGUACAAAGACAUCAACAGCCCCAGGAGCCCCACAGAGCUCUUCAUCACCGCCCCAGAGUCCACCAUCACCUUGGAUGGCCUGAAGGCCGAUACCACAUACGAUAUCAAAAUGUGCGCGUUCACCAGCAAGGGCCCCGGUCCCUAUAGCCCCAGUGUCCAGUUCAGGACACAGCCUCUGGAUCUAGCAGUGUUUGCAAAAAAUUUUCACGUGAAAGCUGCCAUGAAGACGUCGGUACUGCUAACAUGGGAGAUUCCGGAAAGCUACAAUCCCGCCCAGCCCUUCACCAUCCUGUAUGACAACGGGCAGAGCGUGGAGGUGGACGGCAAGCUGACCCAGAAGCUCAUCACCAACCUGCAGCCCGAGACACAGUACUCCUUCCUGCUGACGAACCGCGGGAACAGUGCCGGCGGGCUGCAGCACCGCGUGUCCACCAUGACGGCGCCGGACGUGCUGCGCACCAAGCCCUACCUGGUCAGCAAGACCAACUCGGACGGCAUGGUGACGGUGGAGCUACCAUCGGUGCAGACCACCGAGAAAGUCAGGGGAUACUACAUCGUGAUGGUACCCCUGAAGAAGCAGCGCACUGGGAAGUUCCUCAAGCCCUGGGACAGCCCCGACGACAUGAAUCUGGAUGAGCUGCUCAAAGAGAUUAACAGAACGAGCCGAAGCCUUCGCUUCAGGAGGGAGCUGGAGCCCAAAGCUUACAUCGCCGCCUACUUCAAAGAGCUUCCCUCCGAGUUCACCCUGGGAGAUGCCAAGAUGUACGGCGACUUUGAAAACAAGCCGCUCCAGAGUGGACAGGAAUACAUUUUCUUCGUCCUGGCCGUCCUCGAGAUGUCUGACCAUACUAUGUAUGCCACCAGCCCCUAUUCGGACCCCGUGGUGUCCGCCGACAAUGACCCGCAGCCCAUCAUCGACGAAGAGGAGGGACUCAUCUGGGUGGUGGGCCCGGUGCUGGCCGUCGUCUUCAUCAUCUGCAUCGUCAUCGCCAUCCUUCUGUACAAGAGCAAACCGGACAGGAAACGAGCGGAGUCCGACGGCCGGAAGGGAAGCCUUCCCAGCAGCAAGGAGCUUCCGUCGCACCAUCCCACGGACCCCGUGGAACUGCGCCGACUUAACUUCCAGACACCUGGUUCAGGUGUCCCCGGUUACCCCGGUAACCUCCGUUUGUCAAGUAUGGCUAGUCACCCACCAAUUCCCAUUAUGGAAUUAGCUGAUCAUCUAGAACGGUUGAAAGCCAAUGACAACCUGAAGUUCUCUCAAGAAUACGAGUCCGUCGAUCCAGGCCAGCAGUUCACCUGGGAACAUUCCAACCUGGAGGUCAACAAGCCAAAGAACAGAUACGCCAACGUCAUCGCCUACGACCACUCGCGGGUGCUGCUCAGCGCCAUCGAAGGCAUUCCCGGAAGCGACUACAUCAAUUCCAACUACAUCGAUGGGUACCGACGGCAGAACGCCUACAUCGCCACCCAGGGGGCCUUGCCAGAGACUUUUGGCGACUUCUGGAGGAUGAUCUGGGAGCAGCGCAGUGCCAGUAUUGUCAUGAUGACGAAACUGGAGGAGAGAUCAAGGAUGCCUUCUUAUUUCUUCUCCAAGGUGAAGUGUGACCAGUACUGGCCCACGAGGGGCACGGAGACGUACGGGCUGAUCCAGGUGACCCUGCUGGAUACGGUGGAGCUGGCCGCAUACUGCGUCAGGACGUUCGCACUUUAUAAAAAUGGCUCCAGUGAGAAGCGGGAGGUGAGGCAUUUCCAGUUCACAGCCUGGCCCGACCAUGGGGUACCUGAGCACCCCACCCCCUUCCUGGCCUUCCUGAGGAGGGUGAAGGCCUGCAACCCGCCUGAUGCGGGGCCCAUGGUGGUGCACUGCAGUGCCGGCGUGGGCAGGACAGGCUGCUUCAUCGUCAUCGACGCCAUGCUGGAGCGGAUAAAGCAUGAGAAGACCGUGGACAUCUACGGCCACGUCACUCUCAUGAGAGCCCAGAGGAACUACAUGGUGCAGACGGAGGACCAGUACGUCUUCAUCCACGACGCCCUGCAGGAGGCAGUGACGUGCGGCAACACCGAGGUUCCCGCCCGCAACCUCUACGCCUACAUCCAGAAGCUGACGCAGAUCGAGUCCGGGGAAAAUGUCACCGGGAUGGAGCUGGAGUUCAAGCGUUUAGCCAACACUAAGGCUCACACAUCCAGAUUCAUCAGCGCCAAUCUUCCCUGCAACAAGUUCAAGAACCGCCUCGUUAACAUAAUGCCAUAUGAGUCCACGCGAGUGUGUCUACAGCCCAUCCGAGGGGUGGAAGGCUCCGACUACAUCAAUGCCAGUUUCAUAGAUGGAUACAGACAGCAGAAGGCCUACAUCGCCACACAAGGGCCCUUGGCAGAGACCACGGAGGACUUCUGGCGGAUGUUGUGGGAACACAACUCCACCAUCGUAGUCAUGCUGACCAAGCUUCGCGAGAUGGGCCGCGAAAAAUGCCACCAAUACUGGCCCGCAGAGAGAUCCGCACGGUACCAGUACUUUGUCGUGGACCCCAUGGCGGAGUACAACAUGCCACAAUACAUACUAAGGGAAUUCAAAGUGACGGAUGCCAGGGAUGGACAGUCUCGAACAGUAAGGCAGUUCCAGUUCACCGAUUGGCCCGAGCAAGGAGUUCCAAAAUCAGGUGAAGGCUUCAUCGAUUUCAUUGGCCAGGUGCACAAAACAAAGGAGCAGUUUGGCCAGGAUGGGCCCAUCUCUGUGCACUGUAGUGCUGGUGUGGGGAGAACAGGCGUCUUCAUCACCCUCAGCAUUGUCUUAGAGCGGAUGCGCUACGAGGGUGUGGUGGACAUAUUCCAGACAGUCAAAAUGCUGAGAACACAGAGGCCAGCCAUGGUGCAGACGGAGGAUCAGUAUCAAUUCUGCUACAGAGCUGGACUGGAAUACCUGGGAAGCUUUGAUCACUAUGCAACGUAAAAGUCCCAUUCCUGGGGGAAAAGCAACGGACCCCUCGUCACCCAGAGAGCCGCUCUUGAGCCAUACCUACCUGCUUAAGAAGUACUUCUUCACUUCUAGCUAUGGACAGAUUAAGUGUCAAUUGUGAAACACAAACAAACAAAAAAAAAGAAAAAACAGAUUCCAGGUGGACCAAGAAUUUAACUUGUUUGAUAAACUACCCCUGAGAAACCACAAAGGAAUCCUGACUGUUGAAGCAGCAUAAAGAUUGUUUGUUUUUGUUUCCUUUUUCAUUUUGUUUCAUUUUACUUCGAGGAUUCCGUGUGGGUUCAAGACAAAACAUAGCUAUCAAGACAACGACAACAAAACCAACCACUGCGGGAGGACUGGAGAUGGCGAUCAGAAUGGCCUGGAACUCAAUGCACACUGUACAGCGAACAUUUUCAGAGUUCCACUGUCACAAACACGAGGGACGCUUUCAAAAGGGACACCACCCUCUUGGUGAAUUACAAAAGACAACAUGACAACAAUAAUAAUAAAGCCCAAUUCCCACCAAAUGGUUCACUAUUAAUAAUUAGGGAAGAUGGGGAAUGUUUAAAGAAAAUAAAACUUAUUGAUUUAGUUUUUUAGUACUUUAUUAUACAGCUGACCUGUGCUUCAUUUUUAACUGUGUAAAAUUAUUUCUCUUUUUUAACAAACUUUUAUCAUUUGAUGAAGUGAAUUAAACAGAACCUUUGCUUAAUAGUUUUAUUAUUAUUAUUUUAUUUUUUUUGGUUCAACGUGUAGCUUUUUUUAAGCUGUAGAACUGCUCUAAUGUACGUACCUUCAAACAGAGGAAAUCGUUACUUUUUUUUUUUAGCUAUCUGGGGUUUUAUUUGUUUUGGUUUUUCAGUUUGUGGCACAUUAUAUGUGCAGACCUGUAUUUACAGUAUCAAUUUUUUUUUCUUCCCCCACUCCAUGUCACCAUUUUAGGUAUAUGGUUAACUAAUGCCCAUAACACCAAUGUAAUAAACUGGGACAUUGUGGAAUCAACAGGGGUGAGCAAAGUAUGAAGUUGCUGCUACAAAUUUUAUUAGUUCUUCCACGUUGACGUGUAUGAUUUGCCAAAACAGCCUCUGAAACGAAUUCCCAAGAAACAUAUAUACCUAUAUAAUAUAUAAAUGAAUUAUGAAUACAUUUAUAAAUGUAUAUCUAAAAUAAGUUAUAUAUAGAAAGCUUCCACACAUCUCUGUGUUUUGGGGGAACUAUUCACUGGAAUGCACAUCGGUAGAACACAACCGUUUUCUGACAAAAUGCAUCUUUUCACAUGCAAUAAAUAAUUUUCUAUGUAGAUUUUAGUUUCUUUAUUUUGUGACUUUCCUCUGGAGAGCAUCACUGGGACGAAAUGCCGGUGUUGCCAACAUCUAUCGGAGAACAACAGCCUGUGAUUUAGGGUCUGAUCUGGGUGCCGUACUGCAGUCUCAUCAAUUUCCCACGUUUCACAUAAAAUUGUUUUCAUUUAGCAUUUAUAGUGCCUUAUAUCUUAUGCCUGUUUUUAUAAUAAUCCUUUGAAUUAUUUUAUGCAUUACUUAAUUGGUCUAUCUAUAUAAAUAUACAUAUUUAUAUAUUUUACCUUAAGUACCAAUUUAUUUUACUGUAUUAUAUGAAAUUCUAUAUGCAAACAAGAUGAUUGCAGUAGUGUUUUUAUUUUUGUGGCCUUAGUCGGGCACCCCCCCACACACACAUAAACCUUAUCGUUAGUUUACUUUUGGUUUCAUAUUUAAAAGUUAUUCAUGCUGUAACCAUAUAUUAUUAACCAGCACUUUGAAACUGUAGGUGCAGUAUAUUGAAAUAGAGGCAAGUUAUUUUGUUAGCAUGCAACAAUAUUACGUGCCGGGGCACUAAAGGUUACGUGCCAGCAGAAAGAUUUUAUUUACAGGCAUGCGGACAGGACAACCAUUCGCCUCGGCGAAGCGCUUCACACACUUUACACUGUUUUAAGACCAAACCUUAACAGUGAAAAAGCACUUUCUCUACUUAGGAGGAAAUGGAUGUUUCUAGGAAGACCCUGGAAGACGUUUAAGAUGACCAGAAUGUACUGAAUGUAGAGUCUCAUCUGAAACAAGCCUUCUAUAAAGGAAGAGGCUGGUGUUUUGGGUGAUAAACAUGGAUCAGGUACACAGAGACAUUAUUUAAAAAAAAAAAAAAAAAAAGCAAGAAGUGGGAAAAUGAUCCACUGGUGCAGGUUUGCUUUUAAAUUCCGACAAUCCUGACAUUUAUGAAGUGUUUAGUCUGCUUUUGUAGCAUUUUGAAAUGCUUUUGUUUCCGGAUGUCAAAGAUUCACUGACAAUUUUGAUUGGAUUCUUCCUCCAUGGAUGUGCAUUCCAGUUGUUUUCUCUCCCUUGCGUUAAGCAGAUAAAUGAAAAAAUAAUAAGAUCUGAAAGAAAGCCAGCCGCUCAGCCAAUCAGAAUUCGCUUCCCCUUCCUGCUUUUCUGUCCAAAGUAUGUACUAAAUUAAUAUCGUUUAGCCCCUUAAAUCUGCAGAUUCGAUGUUUGAUUUUAUAUCGCAUUUGGCUACUUUUUUCCCUGCUAAAAUAAUAAUUAUUAAAUAUGCUCCUAAUGACUUACCGGUUGACUUCUAUUACAUUUCCAUGUUUCCUUUUUGUAUUAUUUCUUCUUUUUUUUUAAUAUGCAUGAUUACAUUACAGAAUGGCCACUGCAGGCUCCCGUAGGAAGAAUUGCACUUUCUAUGUCUUUGUACUAUGCACUACCCUAUUGAUUCUAAACCCAAUAAUGCAUUACUUGAACCCAUGUGUAAGAAAUUAACGAAACCUUCACUUUGUGUGUAUGUAAAUAACACAGAAAAUAAAAUAUCAGAUAUAAAGAAAAAGACAAAAAAAAAAGGUUUGUGGCAAAAAUGCCUCCGUUUUGGUGCCAUGAUACUCCAACAGACGACUGCGGAUUUGUCUUAAACAUCUGUUACGUGGCUUUGCCAUUGAAACUUGGGGUUUCAUAACAAAAAUAAACGUUGUGUUCUCUGCUCUCUAUCUAUCUCUCGUCUGGAUGCAUAGACUGGAAUUAAUAAAUGAAACUGUAAAAACAUGGCUUGUUAAAAGAAUCAUACAAUUACCUCUGAUUAGUAGUACGCGUAAAUGUUUUUUUUUUUUUUUCUCAGAACGAAAGGAGUGCUUUUUAUUUUCUUACCUAGGUUACAUUGAUGGCGAAAGACAUCCGUCUGAAAAUCAGUUCUUUGCUGACACAAGUUCCAUUUGUUACAAAUGAAUUCUAAUAAAAAAAAUGUCAGUGUUA